GAGGGCGCGGGCACGUGACCGAGGAGCGCGCGGGCGGGGCCGGCCCGGCGGCGGCGCAGAGGGGAGGGGGAGGAGGCGGAUCCAUCAUGGCGUCGAUGCAGAAACGAUUACAAAAAGAACUAUUGGCAUUUCAAAAUGAUCCACCUCCGGGAAUGACUCUAGAUGAAAAGAGUGUACAAAAUUCAAUUACACAGUGGAUUGUAGACAUGGAAGGUGCUCCAGGAACACUCUAUGAAGGGGAAAAAUUUCAGCUUUUAUUUAAGUUUAGUAGUCGGUAUCCAUUUGAUUCGCCUCAGGUCAUGUUUACUGGAGACAAUAUCCCUGUUCAUCCUCAUGUUUAUAGCAAUGGUCAUAUCUGUUUAUCCAUUCUAACGGAAGACUGGUCUCCAGCCCUCUCAGUGCAAUCUGUUUGUCUUAGCAUUAUUAGCAUGCUUUCCAGCUGCAAAGAAAAGAGACGACCUCCAGAUAACUCAUUUUAUGUAAGAACAUGUAACAAGAAUCCAAAGAAAACAAAAUGGUGGUAUCAUGAUGACACAUGUUGAUGCCACCGUUUUGUGAUCCUCGUAGCAGAAGAUAGUCCUACUGAGAAAAUGAGCACUUUGAUCAUUCAGUCUUUGAACUUUAACCUUUGACUGGAAGUGACCUAUAGGCAAUGAAGACUACUUCCUUUGACUGCAUUUUUACUAGUGUGCAUUCUGGGCGCAUGUUGAUCGCUGGUUCAGUCCAUGCAACUGACAUGCUUUUAUUAGUCAUACAGUAUUAAUGCAGGUGUCCAGAAAUGUCAGAGUAAUUCCAUUAUUUUUAUUUUAAGUUUUGGAAGAAUUCCAGGUCUUCAUAUAUUGUGCAAUAACACUGAGCUCCUUGGCGGUUUUGGUGCAUCCAUUGCCGGCAAUGGACAUUGUACCAGGGAAUGGUUUAGCUCCUGCCACAAAAAAGAUUGACACAUGACUGAGCUUAUGAAAAUUUUGGAUAUACUUGGAAUAUAAGCAAGGGAUUGACAAUUACCUGAAAUCCAGCCCAUUCUUUUAUAUUUGGAUUCUAUGCACUGUGACCACAAACCUAGCAGCAUGAGUUAACAUGCCUACCUGAAGGACUGUAAUAAGAUCAUUAUGUAUUUAUUAAGUUGUUUAUCUGCUGUCAAAUUGUUUUGACAUGGGCGGUUUUUCAAGUGACAUUGGCAGAGAGGUACAAUGUUAUCCCUAUGGUGAAAUAAAACUACUUUUUGUAUAUAGUUAUUCAUAUCUCUGAAGCAAAGGUAUGAGUAAUUUAGGAUAUGAAUGAUUUAAACAAGAAUUUAUUUUGAAGAUAGAGGAUGGCAGUGAUAUAACUGAACUUGCUGCAGUCCUUAACUGGGCUUGUAAUUUGUACUUUAGAGCUUUUUCCAAAUAGAUUGCACACUGUUAUUUCCUGCUAGCCAUCAGCAUGAGCCCUACUGCCUACACCAAUAUUUCAUUUAUUUAUGUGUUCGAAAGCAAUCCAUAUAACAUUUUUUGUUUGUAUUCACUGUUUCUUUUGUGUUGUAUGUCAUGUUUGAAUGUUACAAAACGAUAUUUUGAUUGAAAAGCUUUGUCAGAAGAUAUUUUCAUGUAAAUUAUUUCUUUACCUUGUAAGCAUCAUCUUGUCUUUUAAUCCUGUAUUAUAAAAAGAAAAAAAAAUACAUUUUUGACAGAGGCUUAAAGUUUUCACAAAAAAGUGUGGACCUUCUUAUUUAAGUUUAGACUAAAAUAUAUUUUCUUAACUUGCUUGUCCCAUGUAGCCAUGCCAAUUUUUCCAGGCUUUUCUUCACCAAAAAAAGGGGGAAAAGCCCAAAAUCAGACAUUUUUCUGUGGAGCAACAUUUACUGAAAUGACAGUUGUUCUCAGCACUCUGUAAUAUUUUGAUACUGCAAUUAGGUUCUCUUUUUAGGAAGCACUUUUAUAAACUAAAUACCUUUACACAUAUGCAAAAUUUCUAUAAUUUUUUUUUUACUGUUGCCUUAUUGUUGCACUCAAAAAAAAUUCAAGCAAUUAAUGCAUGAAUGUCUAAAUCAAGUAAUAGCUUGAUGUAAAAACAGACAAAAGCAAAAAAAAAAAAAAAACCACAAAAAUCCCUAAACCAAAUCCACAAUGACUAACUACAAUAAAAAACAGAAAAUUGGCUGAAAAGACUGAUUUUUUUUUUAAUCUGCUGUAUGAUAACUAAUGUUUUAUAGCCUUGUACAUACUUCUCUGUUACCUGUUGUUUAAAACACUUUUAAAAAAGUAUAGAUGCUUAACUCAGGGUGGAUAGAGUUUAGAUGGAUUUGCUUCAGAUAAGUAUUUUGUACAGCAUCAGAACUGUAGAUACUGGGAGUGAAGUGAGGCUACAAUAUACUUCAGGAACUGCUUUUUGUGUUCCUACUGUACUGAAAAUAUCUCUUGGCCUUUAAAACUCAAUGGUAAAAUCUAGCUUUGGAUAUAAAUUUGAUGUGUGUAUAUAUUUUCACAAUGAGCCUUGGAAACACUGAAUUAAUUUUCUUUUAAGAGCCAAAAAAAAUUGUUUUAAACAAAAGAAAUACUUAUGCUCUAAACGUCUUGUUUAGCAAAGUUUUAUUGUUGUGAGGUCAUCAAACUGGUUAGUUUUGGAAAUGGUUCAUAUGAACGAGCAGUAGUCUGAUACUUAAUCUGUAUAGUCUUGUUCACUGCUCUGUAUGAAUUUAAACAGUUGAGAAAUCAAUGUAUGACUGGUUCAUAUAGUGGAUCCUAUCAAAAUAGUCCACAGGAAAGAAACCUUAAUGUGACCAGGUAAUUUCUGAAGAAAUGGCUUAAGCACAUUGCAGAUUCAGUUAUCUUUUCAUAUAGUGGCCUGGGAAACUACAAUACAUGGUUUCAGAGAAGCUUCAUGACAUACCAUAUGUAUUUUGUUGAAGAUGGGUGUUGUAGCGCAAAGCAUUAUGAAUUUUAUUGACCUGUCCUGUCACAUGGACCAUAGUGAAGUUAAAUAACCAAAUUUAUGCUGCUCUUUAAUACACCCCCACCCCCUAUAAUAUACUUAGAUCAAGAAAAUGUAAGGUAGAUUAGAAGAGAAUGUACCUCAGGUCUUAUAGUUUACAGUAGAAAUGCCUCAUUGGUUCUCUUGUAGAUCUGUGGGUAAGUUCACUUAUAUAGAGAGGGCCAAGACAAAGCUUAUAUACCACUCAAGCCCUCAAGAUAAUGCAACUAUUCUGACAAUGCUAUGAUGUCCUGAAAAAGGGCUUGAAUUAGAUGGAGGUGGUGCCACCCUUUCCCAAGGGUGACCCUGUGUAUGUAACUUUCUUUCACUUGGAGUUUCUCACAUGGAAUAGUUACAGAAUUGGCUUGAAACUAUCUUGCUUUUAUUUUGUGUCAAUAUUCAUGUUGUUAAGCACUUUGUUUUGUGUUUAGUGUCUUUAUACUAUAACACAAUAAAUUCUUGUUUUAAAAUAGAUUACUACCCUUGAAUUACUACCCUUGAAAAGGUGUGGACCUUUUCAUGGUGCAGUGCAGAAGCAUAAUUCCUGACAUUCAGCCACUCUUAAGACAAAGCUGCCAGUUAUUCUGAAAUGUUGUGAUGCAUAUCAGAGGAGGAAUUUGCAUAACAGCAAGAUGUUUCCUCAUUCUGUAGAGGGUAUCUGUUGUAACAGCUGAAAGAAAUAGUUAAUUAAAAAAAAAUCACUAAGAUGUAAUGCUUUCAUUUCUCACAGAUGAGCAAAUAGUUAUUUUUUUUUAUUUUUUUUUAUUUUGGCGCUGUUUGACAAGCACUUAAAAUACUUGAGAAGUUUCAGAUGCAGGAUUCUUGUUUGCCUGCAGUGGUGGAAUACAGUUUCUAUUAUUUUGUCAGCAUCAAUAAGAACGGUUUAGUCAAAUCUCUGCCUCAUACCAAUAACUGCUUUCAGUUUUGUACUACUUUUUUCACAAGACGAUGUCUUCUGCUUUGUAAAAAGCAAGGCACUGCAUACCUAAAACAUGUAUUUUAAUGAAAAAUUAAGUUUUUAAAAAUUAUUAUUUUAUAUUGUGAAGAUUAUUCUAAAUGUUUGGGUUUUUUUUAAUUUACUACUUUUUUUUGAAAGUCUGACAAAAACCUAAGAUGUGAACUGUAUUUAAAGGUAUGCUUUAAGGGGACCAUAAAUUUUCCAGGUCAGUAAUUAAUGAUAUUUUAAAAAGAGAGGGGGAAAAAACCCUAAUUAAAUUAAAACAUUUGCAAAAUUACAGCUAUAGAGUUUGAAGGUUUGGGGGGAGUCAGUAUAGCUUUUGCCUCCUCUAGUAGAGCAAUUGAGCAUUAUCUUGUGUUUGUAUGCUCACAGAUCCCGAUCAUUCUAAAGAACAGGUAUGAAUGGAUUUUCAUCUAAAACCAGUUACUUCUAAUCCAUAUCACGCAGUACAGUUUGGAUUUACACAGUGGUACCUGAACAGUUGGGUGUUGAACUGAAUGAGGGGAAUUAAGCUGUCUUAGUGAUAUUCCAUCUUCAGGUGCAGUCACACAACAAUAUGAGGAGAGACUUUGGAUUUGAUUCAUGUGCCAGGUACUUGUUGGCUGUUGUUUCAAGGACUAAUAAUACAUUUCCAAACCUCCUGGCUUUAAAAUACCUUUAUAAAAUUGGAGAGUAGAAAUACCAUGAGCCACCUUUUACUGUAAAAUAUAAUUCAGAAGUACAAAUUUGAACAAACUUAGUUACUGUUUUUAUUUCAUUUUACUGAUAUAGCAAUGCAGGAAAAUCUGUUCACUCUUCAUUUCUUUUUCUUUCAGAUUUUAUAUGCUUUAAAAAAUAAUGUUAAAGGAAUUUUAAUCAGCUGAUUCAAUGUAGCGAAUUCUCUCUGCAGCUACUUAAAGUGAUUUUUUUAAAAUUAAAAAGUAAGAGUAUUUCACAAACAUUGUAGUUCCAAAGUAAUUUCUGUCCUGAAAUAUGUAGGCAAAACCAUGUAGAUUUCAUUCAGAUAAUUAUUUUGUAUUUAAAAACAAAAAAUUAAAUGCAAAAUCAAUUGACUGUGCAGUGUAUAUAAGUAUAGAGAUUGGAUUUAUAAGCUUGUGUCCAUAGUUUCUAAUAAAAUACUUCAUAGGAGCUUUAAUGUGUGAGUCAGUGGUAGUAGGUUAGAUUGUAUUUAACUCCCUCUACUUUACAUACAGGCUAUGUGCAGUGUAACUUUGUCUUUUGAAGUGACAUUUUUCUCUUGACCUCUCCUGGUGAAGGAGCGGCUUACAUGAGACUCUUCUGAAUAGGAAUCCAGUGAAGAGUUGAAAAACCAUAAUGUUGGCUUCAAAGAAAGAUGUUACAAUCUGGAUUUCUGUAACACUGACCACAGUUCUUCCCUCAUGCUGGCCUGUUUUUUUGUUAUUUAAAAUCUCCAUGGUAAGACCUUAAAACUCUUGUCCUGCCUUCAGCAAUUGGGGAACCUGUUUUCUACAAGCCCUUUGAAGUGCUUAGUGCCAAGUAGGUGAGGGUUAGGUCUGUUCAGAUGAACAUUCUGGGCCCUUUCUCUUCCCAGGACUACAAUAUUAUCUGGAUGCUGUUAAUGCAGUUCUCCAGGGCAUUUAAUCCUUAAAGAUAAAAUCAAGCAUGGUUUCUGCUAUUACCAGAGAAAGAGGAAUUUGUACUCCUUCCUUUACAGUCUAAUAAUUUACAUUCCUACCUUGCAUCUAACUAUAUUCUUGAGUCUGCACUGAGAUGAUUUAACAUGGUAAAUCAGUAGGAAUCCGACUUGAAAAAGUGAAAAUCUGUCUUUUCAAUUAGCAAAUUAGAUCGGCUUGCUGCAUAAGCAAUAGUUUCAGAGCCAGUGCAAAAAACUGGAAGCUUUGUAUAGCUGAGGUUUGGAAGGUGGGGGAUCAAACAUGAUUUGUAUCUUUAGAAUUUUCUGCAAAAUAAAAUAUAUAAAAUAUUGGCAACCUUGUGUUACAAAGAAGCUGAGUUAUGUGCUAUGACAAGCCUGAGAGCUGGAGGUCUGAACUGCCUAUUAGUCUAUGGGAGUGGACUCUUGUAUUUUUUAACUCUGUUUUCCAGUAAAAAAUCUGAAGUUGCUUCAAAAUGUUUGAGUCAUCUGUUACCUCUCCAUUUAGAUGCCUUGAGUUUUAGUGUUCAGGAACAGGUUGGCUUUUUGUGUUUUGGUGGGUGUUUUUUUGUUGUUGUUGUUUUGUUUGUUUGUUUUGUUUGUUUUUGGUGUUUUUAAAUGUAGCAAGUCUGUAGUCAUUGUUCUGUGGGGAUAUUUUUAGUUAACUUUUUAUCAGAUCACUGUUGUCAAACCUUAAUCAAAUGUAGUUACAGAUGUGGUGAAACUGUUUAGAAAAUGACAGUUAUUUUUCCAGAAGGAAGGCAAUAAUGCUACAAAGAAAAUGUUCUUGAGAUUAGAUAAAAAGCCAGAUGUGUUUACAGUCAUCUAACACAGACAACAGUUGUGUCCCAAGUCUCAGAGGUCUCAUUUGCCUAUUGUAUACUUCACGAAGAGGACUCUUGCACUCUGGUAGGAGGUUUUCAAGACAGAACCACACCUUUUGCCACCUCAUCCAUUUCUCUGAAGGUUUUGUUCAAGGAAUGGAUGAAACCUGGUGGUUUUACCUGUAUUUAUUUGUGCAGGGUCAGUGAAGAGGGUGUGACAGCUGCUACUCUGACUGAUGAUGAAUUGUGAACAGCUCUUGAGCCUCUUGUUCUCUAAACUGUCCCUAUGUCUGCAGAAAACAUUGUUAGCUAUGUUUUGCAUGCACAGAAUAAAGUACAUUUUAUUUACAUGGUGUAGACAAUUUAUUGAAGAUCAGAACUUUGGAAGAUGCAGUAUAGAAUGUAUACAUAACUUAGUAAGUGACAAAUAUAAGUCAUCAAAUUUCCAGAUGACUCACAGUAUAUCAAGACUAAAGUCUUGAUUUGCAUAAGGUUUUAAAUUUAUGGGGUCUGAGGUGGGGGGAGAAUUUGGGGGAGUCAUCUUGCACUGGUAUCUUCUGUAUCACACUUUGGACUAUAACUCUUUUAAUCUCUGAGGUAUCUGUGUGUUGUCAUCUGCCCCAGGCAGUAACUAUUAUCUUAAGUGUUACGCUGGAGUAAGAGGUGACUUCGUAUUCUUUAAAUAAUGAUAAUCCAGACAGUCCUGUAUUGGGAAUGAUUUUUAAAAUGCUCCUUCAGACUGUGUUGACCAACAGUGAGGAUACCACAUGGAGAUAGGCUAUGCUCACAAAGUAAGGCAGGAGGGAGAACAACCAGUUCUUGAAGUUUUAAGUUUGAUAGCAUCCUGAAGGUUCUCUAAAAAUCAGUGGCUGGUGGCAUGAUGUUUUGGGUUUCUAUGUUUUUGGGAUUUUGGGUUUGGGUUUGUUUUUUGGUGGUGUUUUUUUUUUGUUUGUUUGUUUUUUUGUUGUUGUUAUUGUUUGGUUUUUUGGUGUGUUUUUUUGUUUGUUUGCUUGCUUUUAAGAGGACAUCAGUAACUGCACCAAUCUAUAAUUGUUACGUUACAAAGUUCUUCAAAGCUGCAGAAGGGCAAAUGCAAUGCAACUGUGGUCAUGAGACAAGUGAAGGAUCAAGGUCCUGUAUGACAAUCAGUAGCAUUUUGUUGAGAUGUGCUAUAUUAAAAAAAAAAAGAAUGGGUAGCCCUCUCCGUGAACUGAGUUAAUACGUUUCUUUUCUUUCUUUGCAAUUGUUUUACCAGAAACCCUAAUAAACAGCAAGGUAGAUUUCAUACUGUGCCUGACUAGAUUUUGAAGUCUUGUAUGUGGAAAAUAGAUAUUUUACUGGAUAUUGUAGUUUGUGUGUUUUGUAAUUCUGAAAAUGUCUUCUGUUAGCUUCCUUUCUUUAGUCUGUAAGAAUAGACUAAAUAUAUCUAGUCACUACUUAUGAAUUCCUGGUAUCUUGGGUACUGUUGGGGAAUGCUGUACAGAAAAGCCUGUAAUUCUUUUCCCUAAAAGCUUCUCUGGAUUGUUACACUCAGUUAAAUACAUCAUCUACUUCUUUUUGUUUCCCAUCAGCUACCUUGUAAUGUUGAGGGUUUUUAAACUUAUUUCUGUGCAACUCUUUUUGGAAGUGAACAUUAUAAAGGCUGAAAAUUUGGAUAUUGAUAUAAAUAUCCAGAAGGCAAGUUUCCUUACAUUAGUACUGUAGCAUGCAAUAUAGUAAGGCUUAGGUCUUCUUGAAUGAUUUCUGAAAUGUAAAUCCAUCUGAAAUUUUUAUUCAGUAUUGGAUGUACCUGGUUAAGUAUAACAAGGAUUGUCUUGUGCCAGCCAGCUCAGUCUGGAGCAUCCCUCCACACCAAGUUUAUUGUCUCAGGGUUUUCUUGGUAGUAAACUAUAGAUCUAAUUGGAAAAUUUGUGGUGAUCUCUGCAUAAGGUGAUUCCAUACUGUUUUGUGUUGAGAUGUUUUUUUGUGUACUUCAAGGCAGCUGUUAAUGCACUGAUACUUGAUUUUGAGAAAUGAGUCCUGUCACUGUUGAGAGUUUGUCACUUGGUAAAGCAUUUACUUAAUUCUCUCUUUCCUAUAUUUGCAAAAUAUUAUUACAGAAUUUGGCCUCUGGAAAGGAGUCUUCCUGCAUGAUCUGCACCAGAAUGCUGCUUCUUUUUGUCAUACAGUUUAUUUCUUGUGUUUGGUCUCAACAGUAGUUAUAUAUGUAGGUACAUAUGAAGGUGGGUACUCAUCUUGCUUAGGCCUUGCAUUAUUUGGGUUUAUUUUAGUGUAUAUCAAUCUUUAUAUGUUUUACCUUACUUUCUAUAGUAUCAAACACCUUGCAAAUUGCAGCUUUUAAUUUAAAAGAGCAAGAGUCCAUCAACAUUCACAUUUUCAUUCUUUAUAGGUUUUUUUAAAGCAAAGAUACUGCAUUAAAAAUAAUGUGGAUAAAAGGAAGUGAGAACUUGCUAGCUUUUGUCUGGAAGUUACAACUUACAAAUUCUUACAAAAUGCUCCUUUCAGAUUUCAAUUUUCUAAUCUAAGGUGGUUGGGUUUUUUUGUUGAUUUUGUUUUUCUUUUUUUCUAAACACAUUCUUGUUCUGACAUUAAAUUUACCUGAUACAGAUAUAGAGAUCAAAGGACACAACUAGUCCAAAGAAUUCAACCAGUAGAAAGAUGCUUCCCAUUCUGCAUAGUUUGUUUGCUUCCCAUCCAUCUCUAUUAAGUUACACUGCUAACUACCUUUUAUUGCAGGACAGUGAAACAAUUCUGUGACAAGAUGAAAGGGAUCUGUAUUUCUACCAUUUUGUAGAAGUAAAAAAAUUACUUAAGGACUUAUACGGUAAAUUAAAUCUGUAUUAAACCAGUAGUUUCUUAAAUUAUUAUUCUCUUGGAACAAGAACUGUCUUAGACUUACAUGAAGCCACACUGCAAGAGCAGAAAAAAGAAAUUGUCCGUACCCAGCCAUCAUACAGAAAAAAGUGUUCUCCGUCUCCCAGCCCCAGAAAAAUAAAGGUUCAGAAGUUACCAGUACUGGAAACAUGACUCAGUACACAACAUAAAGGGUUUAUUGUGGUCAGUAGGAAUGGUAAUAAAGCAUUGCCUACAUAUGCUUCUAAGUAUAGAAUCUCAUGAAUGGAAACACUAAAAGCAAGGGCAACUGGCAGCAUUGUCACUCAAAUGGUGUUUAUUUUUAGAGGAUUACCAGUGCUCUAUCCAAUUCCAAUCCACUGUUAGUACUAUCUCUUGCCAGCACACACAAGCUUCAUUCUCAGUUUGCUCAAUUUUUUAAGUGACAGUUUUUGGAGCAACAAGAUUCCUGCUACUUCUAGGGACCAUAACAAAAGACAGCUUCAAAACAGGUUGAGUGUAAUUGAGUAAGCAACAGUAUUACAUUUGCUGAGAAUACAGAAUUCAUGCAUCAAAUGUAAUUGUUAUCCUCAGUUUCACCUACAAAAUAUCAAUUUCCAAGAGGUUUAAUGUGCAAGAAGUUUGCUCUGUAUUAUGCAUGGUAUAACAGCAAGCACUGUUGACUUUCUCAGAGGACAGCAAUGAACAAAUAGUGUAACAAUGUAUUUAAGUGAGACAAAUCAUAUGAAUAUCAUACGACAUAUCAUAUUAGAUGAAGUUGGUUAAAGUUGUUUAGCUUCACAUCAUUUUACAGUCCCACCAAAAUAAGACCCCACCUCUUAGUAAAGUUUUUUUGGGUCUGGUGACAGUACACAGUAAGAUUUACAGCAGUUCUAACUUUGUAAUUUUUUUAAAUGAGCAGUCAGCAGCAAUUAUCUCCCAUUGAUGAUAAAACUCUCCCCUCUUGCAUCAUCACCAAAUCAUCAGUUACCUUUAUGUCCUAGCUAUGCCAGGACAACGGAGUUUGGGAGUUAUUGGAGCUCUAGGAUAUUUUGAGAAUUGACACAAAUGCCCUAAGUGGAUAUUUUUGCUAAAAUGUUGCUAUGUAACACAUAAUUGAGCCAAACCUUUCCUAGCCAUCCAAUAAUUUACCAAAAGCACUAGUUUGUGAUAGUUUAAUGUUGCUGAAUUUGACAAUUUAAGCAAGAGUAAAUCCCCACAUAAUUUAAGAAGUUCAGUGUUCAUUUAAUGAGAGAAUAGGAUCAAUAUAUUAUCUGGAACAGGGUCUGUGGCAGUUCUGUACAUCUCUGAAUUUCUCUGAAAGUUGAAACACUAACAGUGCCCACAUGCCCUCAUAGAAGUUAGGGAAACGUCCCCAUGUCUGACAAUGUUUUGAUUCUUCAAAGCCAUAUUAAGACAAAGUAUAAACAAAUUACAGGGCACUGCAUCUUUACAGACUUAUUUGAAAAUUUUGGAACAGUUUUAUCUGUUUCUUUGCUACACUUUAAGUUCAUUAUGGAACCCGGUGCAUUACUGAUUUAUAUACACAUUUGAUAAAAGAAAAACAAAAUACAUAAUUUUCAUGUCCAACACUGGCCCUAACUUCAAGAUGUAAAAAGCCUAAUCCCUGCUCUCUCUGGCAUCUAGUCUGCUAUUUGUAGGGGUGCCAAUAGGUGUGAUUAGGUAUGAUUAGUCAUGAGCAUGACUGCAAAUAAAUGUGACUAGUAUGGACACAAAUGUACAAGCUGGUCACAUUACUGGUGUCACUUUGGUUAUGUUUGAAGUGUUACUGUAAUCUUUGCCUGCACUGAGAGGCACUAAUGAGAAUCCAAAGUGUUUUAAUAUAUGUGUGAUCCUCUCAUACAACACUAUCAGUGGAAAUAGCAUUGUGUUUGGACUUGUUUGAAAGUCUUUUAUGUAGUCAGAAUGCUCUCACUAAAGCUAAACCCCCAAAAAUCCCAGGCUUGUAAUCAGGAAUUUAAUCUUAUAGACUCUAUUGCUUCCUUGACCUGUAAUUUGACUUUGACUUUCCCAUACUUCUCUCCUGAGCAAAACCAGUGUAGUCUCAUCAGGAAGCAGUGCCUACUAAUGCAGAAAUGGGCCAUUUCUAAAUGUCUGUGUGCUUUGUAAUUGAAAACCAAUACACCAUGAUCUUCAGUCUGCUAGUUCUGUUAUUAUUCUUGCUGAUUUAUCAAAUUGUCGUUACCUUUGUCUCCAAUUGCUGUAGUCAUGAGAUACGUUUCCCUGGCUGACCUGAAUUUUCCUGGUUUUCUUCUACCAUUCUAUGCUCUGUGCUUUAAAGAAGAAAUCCAAAUCUUGUUGGUUUUUGGUUUUGUUUGGUUGGGUUUUUUUUUAAAUAUGGAAAUCACAUAGGAUAUUCGAGAAGCUUCCAAUGUUCAUAAUGGGUGAUGAACUUGUACAAAGUAUCUGUGCAUAUACAUAAACAAAGUUUGUGUAGUAACUAUAUGUAUUAACAUAUAGGCAUAAAUAUGCAACAUCAUAUUUUCUGCAGUUGUAAGAAGGUGAGAUGGCUGUACAGAAAGCUUUUACAGUACUUUGUGUCAAAAAUAAAUGGAAAAUUAUGGAAAUAUCUGUCACAAAUGUACAAAUUAAAAUUAGGGACUUGGGGUUAUCUUUUAUGCAGUUUUGGAUAGAUGACCUAUAGUAAUUAAUUCUUUUGAAUGUGCAAUAAAACUUCUAAUACUUACUUGAAGUAAUUUACCAGUAUAAUUUUAAAGUUUCACCAGAGUUAUUAGAAGGGUAAAGCAUUUAUUUACACAUGGCUUUACUAUUCCCAGCACUGACAUAGGAAAGGAAUGUCAGCAAGUGAUUGUGGGAAACACAAUGCUACCUGCAAAGCAAUCUAAAUUAGGAGCAGUGGGUCAGUUAAUAAAGAAACAGAGUUGACACCUUUAUGAUAGGAGACCUGGAUGAAGGCUGGUAAUUUCAAAAUCAGCACAUCUUUUUGGUUGAUUUCACUUUGUAUUCUAAAAAAAUAUACUUGUUAAAGGGAUGAGGACCUAGAGGUUUCUCAAUGUCCUUAUACCAACAUUGAGGGAAUUCAAUAUAUGCUGAUAAGUGCAAGUUCUAGUUCACUUAAUUUAGAUCCUUGAAGUGAUUAUGUGAUUCAUCUGGUUUAGGGAACUCACAUUUUAGACAUGAAUCAUCAAAGACAGUGUGUUAGUGUGAGUUGUUAAAAUUCAUUGCUUGCGAGUCCUCGUUGGAGCAUGAAGAGUAAAUGGUUUCCAUUACCUGAGAAAACUCUUCACAGUAUUUACUUAUAGUUUGUUUUGUCUUGGUUUGUUCAUGCCUCUCAUUCCAUGUACGAGCUAGUGAUAAAUUAAUUUAGUAAUUUGUCAUGCAUUGUAGUUUAAAGAUCUACUUUAAUAGUGACAGUUUUGAACCUGUAAUUGGGGAGAGCAGUGGUCUGACUAGAUGUAGGUUCAUUAAUAAUACUGGGUUUUAAUCAAGUAUAAUCCCAAACUCCUGGGGUUUGCUUUUAAUUAUUGAAAAAAUAUUAUUAAAAAAAUUAAGUGACUCAUUCUUCUGGUACUAAGCUAUUAGAGACUUUUAUUCAGUUGAAUGACUGACUAAUGUAAACAAUGCAUUAUUAACUUCUUAUGGGUGUUUUAUGAGCACUCUAUUAGCGUCAUUAUGGUUUCAACUUUAGUAUCAAAUAUCCAAGUUCUUAAAUAAAUAAAUAAAUAAAUAGUACAGCUACAAAGAAACUUUCUAUUACUCUGAAACAGAAUUCUGUAAAAUAUCCAGUCUUGCAAAUUUUCUAAAGGAAAUCAAGCAAACUGCUAACUUGAAGGUCAGAUCCAGCUUUAAAGUUGGUCCUGCUUUGAGGUGGCAGGGAGGGUGUUGGAACAGACCUUCAGAAUUCCUUUCCAAUCAGUUCUGCAAAUCUCCUACUUCCAAAAUACAUCAGUAGGCAUUUUCUUUGGGGAUUUUUUUUUGGCUUGGUUUGUUACACCAAAGUGUAUUUGAGGGGUGGAAACUCAUUUCUUGAUGGUUUCUGUUAAAACUACAAUUCUAAUAAUAAAAUAUAUUAGUAAAAAUUAGAAUAUUAUGAUUUUUUUGUAAGUCAGUGUUAAAAUGCUGAUUUAUUUUUUUUCUGAAUCUGAAGUUAAAAAUUACAAGGCCAAGUAUCUUCAAGUGUCCUGCAAUCAUGUGUACAGUCCAAAUAGAAUAACUCUAUCCUUUCCCCCACUUAGGCAUUUAUGCAGUCAUAUAGGCAUUAAUGUGGUUUUCUGUUAUUUUCAAACUGCAUACUGAAUUAAUCACUCGUAUUAACAACUUGCAUACUGAAACUAGAUUGUUGGGCAAGUUAUGACACUCUUGUUAUUUAAUAAUGGAGUAGGGUGAAAGAGUACAUACAAAUUAUGCAUCUUAUUUUCAAAACCCGAGAAUUUUUUAGGUUGUAUUAAGCUGCUUUUACUGGAGGAACUGACUAGCCUUUAUCCUGAAUCUCAGCCGUAGCAGGAAAAAGACCGUCAAACGUAAGGGUGCACUAAAGAAGUGACUAGUAAUGCAAUUUAUUUGUUCAUGCAUAUAAAGCUCCAAUUAUACAGGAAAUGUUAAAAAAGCAAAAUACAGCCAUGAACUUAAAACUUUAUAAAAUAUAUUAACUUUUGUUCUAUUACAUAUAUAUAUAUAUAUAUAUACACGGUAAGUUUUGGGAUAAAAUCUGCUCUUUUGUAUUCAGUUUUCUUCCAGCUACAUUUUGUUUGCACCACAAAAUGUAUAUCAAGAUACAAGACUUCUGAGUUUAUACAUGUAUCUCAAGAUAUGUUUUUAAACUAAAAUUUUAGCUGUUUAGUAAUAGCAACAUUAUAAAAAUGUUAGGUAUUGAAAUAAUAGCACAGAUUGGUGAUUUUAGAGGCUUGUUGGAAUUACACCUGUCUACUGCAGACAGUUCAUAAAACCCCCCUCAUAAUCUGAUGCUGAUGUUCAUUAGAUGCAUUUUUCUCUGGGUGUGCUGAUGCUAAAUAUGUGCUAUACUGUCAUAUUGUUCUUCAAACUACUUAUAGUAAGUAAAGUAAAAAUGACAUGACAUAAAAUUAUGAAGGAAAAAAACAAGAACAAACAUGAAAAAACCCCCCCAAACUACUAUGGACAGCACCAUCGCGAUUCAGCAUCUGAAUGAAUUGUACUCAUGCAAAAAUUUGCAGUAGCCUAAUGAAAAGUACUUGCAUUAUUAUCCAUUGCUACAUUAUAUCAGAAGACUACAAAAGCAAUUGUAUUAUACUGUGUAUUUCUGUCCUCAGUUCUUAAAUUAAAUUAAGGGGUAAGGAAGCUCAGAAUCAGAAAACAAAACAAUGGAAGAAUGAGAAGGGGAGGAUUAACAAGCUACCACUGCUGAAUACGGGGUAUGUAUAAAACUCUCACAGCAAAUGCUGAGUUCCCAACAUGUGUUUCAACAAGUUGUAAAUGUCAUAUUAGUGUUCUGUUAGUAUGAAUAAAAUCUUGCUAUCACUUAGAUACUCACAAUGCAGCUCUGCCACUAGGUGUCAUGAUGUGUAUUUGGUGUGUAAAUUAUCUACCAUAUGCAAGCUUACUACCAAAAUUCACCUGGACUCUGUGCUUUAGAGUGUUCCUCCACUACUGUCCUUAGAAAUUGUAUUAAGCUACAUCUUUUUUUUUUUUUUUUUUUUUUUUUUCUCAGAACUGAUCUGCCUCUUGGUAUCAAGUAAUAAUUUAAAAAAAUUCUCAUAUAAUAGCAGAUACUGCAGGCAAUAUGAACCCUAGACUCAUUCUGAUCCUGACUUAUCUGUUGGUUUUUUUUUAAAUUACAUUUGCUAUAACUAAUGUUAUAACUCUCAUAUAAAAAGAUUCAUUAGAACUUAGUUGUGUAGCAAAAAGGUAUAGAUCUUUGCCCCCUCAAAAUCUAGUUUGUUUUUUUUUCUGAGCCUGAUGAAUUUUGUUACUGCAUUCUUGCAAAUCAGGUAGGAAGAUGAUUGCUUCAAGUUCUGAUGCUUCUAUUUGGCUUUUGCAUAGAUUUAAAAAUUCUUGGUUUGUUUUACUUGAGCCAAUCAAGAAAACAGAUUUUUACAAAGUUAGAUUGUGGAUUAAACUCAGAAAUCUUUUAUUAAUGAACAAUAAACUUCUGAUUACUUUGUGAUAAA